GGAGGGAGGGAGAGGGGGUCCUGGUGGGAGUGUAAGGCAUCAGAUAAACCCCGGCUCAGUCUGUCCGUGCGUUGAGGUUAGUGGAGCCGCGUCGCUGCAGCCCGGCACCAGCAGCCCGUCCACACGCAUGUGGCUCCCCUCGCUGGACAUCGGGCUGCCUCACCAUGGCAACGGAGCUCUGAGACCCCGCUGCACCGCGCAGUAGUGCUCCGCGCUGCGCUCCUACAGCAGCGCUUUGCAGCGAGAGAGCGGGAGAGAGCGGGAGCGAGAGGCAGAGAGCGGGAGAGACGGAGUGAGAGGCGGAGCCCUCGCAGAACGAGGCGGCGGAGCGUGGAGGCAGAGUGAGCGUGUGCGGUGGCGCGGCGUGUGUAGGUAGGAGGCUCUCGGUGCGCGCCACAGCGAUGCCUGCUGGGCUCCUGGCUCCGUGCUCAGCUCGCCAGGCUUCCCCACGCAGCGGCGGACCCCCAGAAGCGGCGGCGGCGGCGGCGGCGGCGGCGGCGUGGGGAUGUGGUGCCUCUGGUCUCUGUGCGUCGCGCUCCCGUGACCUCCUCCGCGCGUCUGCUCUCGCGUCGCUGACCCCGCCGGCCCCGCUGCCGUCCGCCCCCGGCCGCCACAGCGACUGACUGACUGGGGUUAGGGUGACGAACCAACGGAAUCCCCCGUCCCUCCCCCCUCUGACUCCUCGACCCCUCCCCCUCUCGCCCUCCCUCUCCGUGUCUUUCUCCGGUGUCCUGAGUUUGUUUUUCCAUCACCUCCUCUGCUGAAGCUCUGACUCCUCUCUCUGUCCAGCUGUCCUCUCCCGCCGUUAAAACCUCCCAGCUGGUCUCUCUCUCCUCCGAGCCGGCGCUCGCUUCAUGACCCGCCAGGAACCGGCGCCGCCUCCCCGCGUCCGCUCGCCGCCCGCGUCCUGAGAGCCGUCCGUCAUCUCCUUCCGUCGGCAUGACGCUCCUCUGUGAGGACUGAUGCCUCUCCUCCUCCCCCUCUCGCUCCCCCCCUCCCCUCCCCUCUCCUAGUCCCCUGCCCUUUGACCCUCGUCCUCCUUUAUUCAUCUGGGCUCACGCCCUCCCUCGCUCUCCUCCCUCCCUCGCUCUCCUCCCCCUCCCUCCCCCUCCCCCAGCGCGCUCCUUACCCCAGCCUCUGCCUCUCCCUCCUCAGUCCGCCCUAUGACCAUGUCGCCAUGUGUCUGCUGGCUCCAGCUCACCCUGGCCCUCCUCCUGACCCUCGCGCCGCCCAGCCGGGGGGAGAACUGCCCCACCACCUGCCUGUGCCCGGACCCCCACACGGUGGACUGCAGCGCCCGGGGUCUCACCCGUCUCCCCGAAGGCAUCCCACUGGACGUGCGGCGGCUGCUGCUGUCCGACAACUGGAUCCCGCGCAUCCCCGCGGACUUCCUGGUGCUGUACUCCGACCUGGUGUACCUGGACAUGCGGAACAACACGCUGUCACACAUCGAGGUGGGCACCCUGAGCACCUCGUCCCGCCUGGUGUUCCUGGACCUGGGCAGCAACAACCUGACGGAGAUCCCCAAGGGCACCUUCGGCGAGUCCCGCUCCCUGAUCAAGCUGCGCCUGGGGAACAACCCCUACCUGAGCGCGGUCAACGAGGACGCCUUCCUGGGCCUGACGUCCCUCCGGGAGCUGGAGCUGGAGCGCAACGCCCUGUCCACGCUGCACGUGGGCGCGCUGAGCCAGCUGCCCUCGCUGCGGCUGGUCCGGCUGGAGGGGAACCCAUGGGUGUGCAACUGUAACUUUGCCAACCUGUUCGCCUGGCUGAUGGACAACCGCCAGAAGCUGCCCAAUGGUGUGGAAGGCAUGGAGUGCUCCCUCCCCAUGGACGGCCGGCGCGUCUCCCUGACGCAGCUCUCCAACGACAGCUUCAGGGAGUGCCAGGUCACCCUCACCCUGACCGACCUCCUCAUCAUCAUCUUCUCGGGGAUCUCCGUGUCAGUGGUGGCCAUAAUGACCAGCUUCUUCCUGGCCUCCACGGUGCACUGCUUCCAGCGCUGGAGCAAGGGAAGCAAGGGGGACGAGGAGGAGAGCGAGGAGUAGGACCAGGAGACUCUCUCUGAGCUCUGACCCGGCCAGGACCGGUUUCUCUAAUUGGCUUUGAGAGGGUGACUCAGACAGGGGGCUCGGAUACAGCCACUGUCGUCCCCCCCCCCCCCCGUGGGGACCCUCGGAGGAGGAGGAAUUACCGGGAAGGGGGUUGUGGAGGUUGGGACGCUUUGAAAACAUAGAAAAACUGACCACAAUGAAAAGACAAAUGGCAUUCCCAAGAAACGUGUCCCGAGACUUGAGUUCACACGUGACACAUGCACACAGUAAUGGAGUUCAUAAUAUGGUCUGCCAGAACCCAUAGGCCGGCCUACAGACUAGCUCUUGGACGAAAGCAGCAGUAUACACGAUGAGUAUGUUUGUGAGUACAGAAAGCACCAACUAUCAAACAAAGCUACAGUGAUGUGGAGGAGUUGUAGACAAGCCAAUAGUUCACCAACAUCUAGUCAAAAUAAUCAUCCACUUUCAGAUUCUGAAAUGUUCAAAGUGGAUCUCACUCAAGUGCGACCUGUUGAAUGACCGGAGUUGCUCAGGUCCUUGGAUGUCUUUAGGGCUUUACAAAAAUAGAAUUAAGUAAUCUUGUAUAUGACAGAAAGUUUGAUAUUCUAAAAAAAAAGGAUGUGAUAUUAACCAACGUCCACAGCAUUAGACUGCCUAAACAUGUUGAUCCGGCACAGCAUAUCGUUUUCAAUGUCUGGACAGCCUCAUUCAAUCUCGAUCAGAAAUGAAAAACCACUAGCUGGAACUGGUUUAGACCGUUGAGAGUUAGGGAAAAUAAUAACCAUGAAAUGAGUAGUAACAUUUUGUGUGUCUGGUAUUCAGAUAGGGUAUUCACAUUAAAAGUAUAUUUGUCCUAUAUUCAAACAUUUGUACACCAAAUAAAACAAUGUAGACACCAAAUGAAACCUAUAAGAUAUACACAUCUAAAACUUCCAGAGGACAUGUGUUCCUUAGAUUGAUAACUGUGAUCGGUGUUAAACUAUAUUCAUUCACUAUCUAUUCUUGUGAUUAAUAUAGAAAACCUAGUAUUGGCAUGAAGUCCAUGCAGAACCAAUGUGGCAAACAAUGCACUUUAUGUGUUGAAAGUGGAACUUGGUCACAGCACGCCCCUAAUUACUGUUGUGUUGCCAAAGGCAAAGUCUGAAGGAGAGUUAUUGUGUUCAUGAGGAAGCAUGUUGUACAUCAUACUGGAGACGAGCAAAAUCACAUGUUUGUGAUUGGGCUGAGAAGAGUUAUGUUCUCCCAAUAUCUGAUAUUGUAGCUGACAUUACCAAUACAGAUGUUUUAUUAGAGCUCAGAUAUGGCGUUUAUUUUGAUUAUCUUUUUGUUUUCUUCCAAAACAGAUAUCUUAUAAACAAAAUUUAGAAAUAAAAAAAAACAUAAAAAAACAAACAACAUAAAAAGUAUUGGGUUUGUGGUAGAUUAUUUUUAAAACAGAUCUUCCAAUGCCUUGCAGAGUCUGUCAUUCUCUGUUUGAAACUCCCCUGUUUGUUGCCUCUAGAAUCAUUAACAUUCACAAUGAUUUUAUAUUUAAGUAUGCCAGCACACCACAAUGAAUGCAUUUUUUCACCCCUUAUUCAUAAAUCUUUCUUGCAUGUUCGGGAAAUGCAUCAUUAUCAUUUGGAAAGCAUAAAACUGGAUGCCCUGAUUUCUUUUUCUCUCCCUUGCUUCUCAAAGAACCGCUAUAUUGCUGUGGUUCAUGCCGUUAUUGUGAGGCAUGAAUAAUUCAGCCAAUGUGAGAUAUGGAGCAGAAGGAAUGUCAAGCCCCUUAAUACAAGCAGGCCUGGGCACCGAGCAGAGGCAGCUGGGGGAUGUAGUUCACUGUUGUAGUCAUUUCUUCAAAAAACGCGUACAAAAACCCAAUAUUUCUGUUUCAUUGCAGUUCUCAUAAAAUAGUAUGUCCAUCAUCAUGCGUUUUUCAUUUCAACAUCCUUUCGACCUAGCAACACACAAUGACUAGAAUUAUACAAUGAUACUUUAAAUUCAAAGCAACAACAUUUUACAUUGGGCAGAUUUGGACCCAUUUAUUGGACUAACGACAGCAAUGUCCUCCAAUAUCACCUGGUAGUGGUAAAUAAAGUGAAUGAGUUGUUGAUGUAUUGCAUCACUUGACUUAAGCGUUCUACAGAAAAGGCAAAACCCGGUGUAGGAAUUUCCCCUGAAUAAUUUAAUAGUAUACAUUUUUUUGUUAAAAGUCCUGGAGAAUAUUAAUACAAACAUAUUACAUCCACUGUUUAAACUCCUUCAGGCUUUCACUUAUUCAGUCUAUCAUUUACCUUGCACUUAAUUUAGCAGUAAAUGCAUACAUUUGGUUAUGCUAGCAUGCAUUUUACAUUUACGUUUCAAUUACGAAUGGUGGUUGAGUUAGUUUUUAUAAAAAAAUAUUUUUAACUACUGUGUAGUUGUUCAACAAAAGGCAUCUAACUUAACUACUAUAUUUAAACAUAUUAGCACGCCACUUUUCUUUAUUCAUUGUAUUAGGUAACACAUAUCCACACAUAGCAUGUGAUUGUGAGAUUACCAUUUACAAUGCAGAUUUAUGUCUAUUUUUCUAUUUAAACCUUUGAAGUUGUUUAUUUACCAAUUCAGUCCAGAAGCUUCUAUUGAUAAUUGAAAUCCCAGCGUGGAACAUUUCAACAUUUGAGUUUUUAAAAAGCUUGUUAUACAUCCAGGAUUAUAUUUUUCUCAGAGUAGAGAUGUCAGGAUAACACAGAUGACAGGAAAGUAGAGAAACUGAGAUUUGGAUCGGGUGUUUACGUUAUCCAGGGCAAUGCAAGAACAAACAAACCUUUCCAGCAGAAUUAAUAUGUAUCAGUACCUGUAUCAGUGUCGGUUUAAAGAAUAAAACACAUGAAAUCCUGUUUAA